GUCCACGACCGCUCACGACGCAAAGCUAGUUCACUCACGCCGAUCUAUCUGAUAUCAACACAGAAAGCUCGUUCUUGUAAAACCUACCUCCAGGUGCACUAUCGAACGUUGACCCUGCCGCAGUACCGAGAAUAGCAUCCAACUGCUGCCACCCAGAAAAUGUCAUUCCAGAACCAAGACGCUUCCGCUCCGUUCCCGGAGUACUUCCCAAUGGACAACUCGCAGAGUCUCUGCUACUCCUCUGAUGCCUCCAGCUCGUUGCUUCCCAGCUCACUUCCAGAUUCUGGCUUCUACGACACUGAGCUUACAGCCUCCGAUCAUGGGAAACAAACGGCUGGCUCUUCCGAAGGUCUCGUCGAAUGGCAGGACCUUAUCCUGAGCGUGUGGUACGCCAAUAAUCAACGACUGGCUAGCGAUACUGAUGUCAUUCUUUUUCGCGGUCUCUUGAAGGCUCCCCAGUAUCUCAUCAAGACUCGCCUCCGCCAGCUCUUCGAAGACGACGAGGAAAGGGAUGACGCGCAUAGCAAUCACGUACGCGGAAGGUACACUGCGAAUCCGUACACUGAAGAGAGGGGCGCGCCUUCCCAUGUCGUCAAGAGCGAUCAGCAAGAAACCUGUUCAUUCGCCCAUCAACUGAAGCCUGACGGCAGCAGCCAGCAAUUUGUGAAUACCAACACUCAUACGACGGCUCCUUGCGAUGUCCGUACAGCUGGUAAUACUGUUCAGAGCCAGCAAAACCUCGCGAACGAUAUCGCCAGGCUCCCGCUCAAGGGGGAUUCGGUUUCCUCGAUUUCCUGGCUUCCGGCUGCAGAUGUACUUGUAGGCCAAAGUUAUACUGCUGCAUUGAACCUUUCUGGUGACAUGCCUUCGAAAUCUGCCGCAGAAGUGUUGAGAACUGGCAUCGACAACACGGACGGCUCAAUUUUUCAUCGCGGCGUUUCUGCACAACAGAGCUUUGUGAAUGAACCGAUUAGCGACCCGGGCCUACUUCACGUUGAUCACUCCAUCGUGCUGGCCUCAGCCUUGGUCCCGAAUAGGCCGCGUGUUAAUAUGACUGCGAGCCUGCGCGCUGCCAUCGUCAGAUUCAUCGACACUAGGAGAGCGAAAGGAUGCCAGGCCAUUCGCAGUCAUGAGAAACAAGCCGGAAUCUACGAAUGUACCCUCAAGUGCCAGAGGCGCUUCAAAACAUCAAACGAUUUAUUUCGGCAUGAGAGCACAAUCUUCCCCCAGGACUUCUGGUUCUGUACUAGAUGCGGGGAUCUGGACAGUGCCUCCGAACGGUAUCUGUUUACAAGGGAAGAUAAGAUGCGCCAGCACAAUAAAAUCAUCCACAAUGACACUAGAUCUAUCGUCGACUGCAAGGUACCGAACGCGCCUAAGAUAUUUCCAGAAAGGUGUAGCCUUUGUACUCACCACCGGCAUCGAAACUGGAAGGAUCGUUGCAAGCACACCAUAUGGCACUACAAGAGAGGGGAUGCAUUACCAAAAUGUCUCCAUACUCCUGACGAAGACACUACGGAGAGUGGCGGGCCCCCAGGAGACGAUGAUGAUGACGACGAUGACGGCAACGAUUCUCAAGACGGUAACGAUGAUGAUCCUCCUACAGACGAUGGCGGUGGUUUUAAUACCGGCAACGAUGAGCUUCCACCAGAUAAUCACGAUGGCAACGAUGGCUCCGAUUCUCCAGAUCCUCCAAAUGCACCGGAUGACUUUAGCAGUCUUCUCAACUGGGACCUUGACUCCUUGUGGAGACUCCAAACUACUGUUUACCUGUCACCGAUUUCGACAUCGGCUGCUCCGAACAUUUCACAAUCCUCCUCACAGCCAGUUUCCAUUCAAUGGAAGGAGAGGGUUAACCAGAAAGGCGGCACUGCCUCUGUGUUCAGUGUCGAGGUCUCUCUGGAUGACCACGAUGAUUCUCCAGAUGCAAAACCCCGAUCGCGCGUCGUCAAGCAGUACCCCUCCCAACAUCACCGCUUAUUCGAGAAAGAGCUAGAGGCUUUCGCCAUACUAAGCGAACAAGAACCGCAUCCGAACAUCAUCAGAUGCUUCGGAUCCUUUGAGUUGUCAGAUCGCGCUGGAGGAAUGACACACAAUAUCCUCCUUGAAGACGCCCAAUGCGACCUUUUCGAAUACUUUGCCGAUACGGUACCACCGACUACGCCCGCUGAGAUCUUUGGAUUCUGGUCUCAGUUGUUCGGCAUUGCUUCCGCACUAAAGAGAAUCCAUGAACCUCACGAAACUGCUGUAGGUUGGCAUGCUGAUGUGAAGCCAGACAAUAUACUUUUCAUCGAUAGCGAGUUCAAGCUCGCCGACUUUGGCUUUUCACAGUUUGCAAGACGUCCGGACAGGGAGAAGACUAGCAACGCCAUCAUCGGGGGCACAGCUACAUACGCUGCGCCGGAGUUGAAUUGCUCCGUAUCCAUCGAUAUUCCUGCCCUUGCCGCCCCAAAGAUGGACAUCUGGUCGUUUGGAUGCGUGUUAUCCAUGGCAAUUACGUACGUGCUCUCAGGUUUCCAAGGAAUACAGUACUAUGAGGAGCGUCGUAAGCGCGCAUCUGAGGCGACUGGCCGCGAGCUGAAAGCACGAUUCCAUGACGGAAGCCAAGUUCUCGCCGAGGUCAAAGCAUGGCACAAUCGCUUGCGCGGCCGCAUUCGGAGUCACGAUUACGUGACAGGAAUGAUCCUGGAUCUUGUCGAUGAUCAUCUUCUUCAAGGCGACCCGGCACUGCGAUUCGAUUCGAAGCAGCUACACGAACGUCUAGACCGGAUCUUACGAGAAGCUAAGGAGAGCCAGGGAAAGGCAGAUAAAGUUGCAGACCACCCAGAGCAUUGCUCUCAUGUCUGCGAAAGAGUAGACGUCGGUCAGUGUUUGAGAAACGACUCUCAGGAGGACGUAAAAGUCGACAUUGAUGACCUUCACUCAGCAGACUCAGGAUCAGCAGCGCGCACCAACAUACUGUCCUGCGACCCGUCCCGCUCAGCGAAUCUACCCACCCUCAAUUUUUUGAUUGGCAGAUGUGUCCUACGUGAUUCGACAAGGGACAACGUAUAUAUUGCGGAAAAGCCGCUAGAGUUCUCCUGCGCCGUUGACGAUGUUGGCGCUGCCACCAACACUAUCAAAUUCGCCAAUACGAGCUUUCGGAACCUAAAUACUUAUGUGGAGGGUUCUAAGAGAGCCGAAACUAGGGUCAAGGUCGAAAGGCUUCUGGGCCUCAUCAUGGAUCAGUAUCUUGCUGGUCGCCAGGAGAAGCGAACGAUGAUAUAUGUUUUGCCCGAGAGUGCUUCGGAUGUCGGAAAAGUUGAAGCUGUAGAAGAGAUAAUUGGGAAGUUCUGGCGUUCACCGCGUCGACGUGCCAGCAAGAACAAUCUCCGAAUAUGCUUCAUUCAGUUUGGAGACGACCUGGAUGGGACCAGGAGGCUGCAGCAGGUGGCGAAACACUAUCCGUUCGUCAGUGUCCUGGGAGGGGACACCGAAGAUAUUCCUCGGCGAGCUUUCUUCCUCUACUGGAAUGGCAUUAUUUGGGAAUGGAUCAAGGACUUCGAACAUGGCAACCCCCACCAUCGAUACCGCUAUUAUCCGCACAGUAGUGACGGCCUAGACUCCAGUUGGUCGAGAUCGCUCGAAGACCAUUGCGAAAGGCUAGUUCAUACCAGGAAAAGGCGCUGCGUUGAGUCCGUAGAUAAGGACGCUGCCCUGCCCUGAUCCUGGGAAGAAGACCAAAAAGGAGUUAUCUGUAGACCAAGAAGAAGUCCCAGAGAUAACUUCCUCUUGGUCGGGAGAUGACUUCUUCUUUCGUUGCUCUUCCCUC